AUGGCUUCUCCCAGAGUGGAUGAGAGUGACAGUGUGCCUCGGGCCUCUCCUACUCAAAGAAGCACUGCGGGACAUGGGCCUUCUGAUAAGAUAUCCCCAGCUGUUCAGACAGAAGCCCCGAGAUCUAGCAGCAGUGGGACCAGCACUGGGAAUGUGCUGAAAGAUGUCAGCAUUACCCAAGCUAGCGAGUCGGCUCAGGAACAGACCGUCGACACUGCCGACCCCUAUUCGCUUCGCGAUCUGAAGCAGCCAACUGCCAAUGACAACAAACGCUCUAGCAUGUUGAUGCAGAAACAAGAGCGAAAAGUCAAGAAGUACUACAACAGGCAAAACGCACUGAUAGAUGCCUAUUUAACCAGUGCCGACGAAGAAGCUCUUGAGCUCGAGGACAACAUCAAGAAUGGGGGUAAAGUCCGCUUCGCUGUCAAUGCUAGCUUUGUGUGCAACUUCUGCUUGUUUGUCAUCCAGCUCUACGCUGCAAUCUCCACGGGCUCCUUGUCACUCUUCGCUACAGCCGCAGACGCCUUCAUGGAUCUCGUCGUCUCGAUUGUCAUGCUAAUCACCUCACGCAUGGCAUCUCGACCCAACGUAUCCAAGUUUCCCGUGGGCCGAAAGCGACUUGAGACAGUCGGUAUCAUCCUCUUCUGCGCCCUGAUGACCACUGUGGCGGUCCAGCUCAUUGUCGAGUCAGCACGUGGUCUUGGUGCCGGGGAACCGGACUCGGAAUCAUUGCACAUUAUUCCUCUUGUUUUCGUGGGCGUUGCCAUCUUCGCGAAAGGGACUCUGUUUGUCUACUGCUUCCUCCUCCGACGUUACCCCGCGGCACGCAUAUUCAUGAUCGACCACCGCAACGACAUCGCGGUGAACCUCUUCGGUCUGAUCAUGUCAAUCGUCGGUACUCGGUUCCGGCAGGUGUGGUUCUUGGACCCGACAGGCGCAAUUGCCAUCGCGUUGUUGAUUCUCUACUCGUGGGCCUCUACUGCAUUCGAACACAUGUGGUAUCUGGUCGGAAAAUCAGCUCCACAAGACUUCCUGAACAAAGUCGUCUAUGUGUCAAUCACCCACGACGAGAGAAUAAACAAGAUCGACACUGUCAAGGCGUACCAUGCCGGUGAUAAAUUCUAUGUCGAAGUCGAUAUCAUCAUGGACGAGGUGGAGAGUCUCAAGGUCACUCACGACGUGAGCCAAGCCCUGCAGCGGAAAUUGGAAGGGCUGGCAAAUGUUGAACGAGCAUUCGUACAUGUUGACUAUGAGGACCUCCAUGAUGUGCAUGAGGAACACAAGGCUCUGUACGAGAAGAAGUCGCCGAAAAAGCCAUUGGCUGAGAGAAUCCAAGGCCGACUGAGCGGCAUAUGGGACCGACCAGAGAGACCUCCAACAGACCAAGAGGCGAAGAAGGGCCUUGUUGCAAGAAUCUUCAAGACCUAA